CCCCAUCGGUCGCUGAGGGAAAUUGUGAAGGCAGCCUGAAGGAAGAAGGAUGGCCGGUGUGUGAAUGGCCAGGAAUAUGUCAGGCUGAUGUCUCUCUUGUGUUCCCACUGUGGUGGGAGGCCUACAGAUGAGCCCCUGUCCUCUGUGGCAACCUUGGCUCUCCCUCGCCCGCGACCGGCAUUGGCAUUUGGGCGACAUAAUGACCAAUAAAGGAGCUGCUGGAGGAGGAGACAUCACUGCUAAUUUGGAGAAGUGCUCAGGCGAGAGAUGCAUGCGGCAACAAGAGGUGUGUGUGUUCAAUGUGAGUAAGGACCAGCAGAGUGUGUGUGUGCGCGCGUGUGUGUGUGUGUGUGUAGAGAGAGAGAGACCAGAGUCCAAGUCCCUCACAUGGAGCAUGCCUCUGCGUCCGGCAGCCGGCAAACAUGAGCCACCCAGCCCUCCACGGCAGGAGUAGCACACACACACUCUCACACACACACACACGCACGCUGACACACACACACACACGGCCACGGGCAGCCAGGGAGCCAGCACUGACAGCGGCAGCUCCCUGGAAGAGGACGGCGGCGUCUGCGUGUCGGUCGCCGCUCCCACGACGCCUUCCCGUCCCGGCGCAGAGCCGCGGGGCCACGGAGCCGCAGCAUCCAUGGAGGAACCCACGGGCAACACCGUCGUCAUCCGCAUCGGAAUCCCAGACCUGCAACAGACGAAAUGUAUCAAGUUCAACGUGGACGCCCCCAUCUGGCUGUCCAAGCAGAGGAUCCUCUGCACCCUCAACCAGAGCCUGAAGGACGUCCUCAACUACGGCCUCUUCCAGCCGGCGUACAACGGCAAGGCUGGCAAGUUCCUGGACGAGGAAAGACAGCUGAGGGAAUAUCCUUUCCCCUCCAUCGCUCCUGUACCGUACCUGGAGUUCCGCUACAAGAGACGUGUCUACACUCAGGCCUACUUGGAUGAGAAGCAGCUGUCCAAGCUGCACACCAAGGCCAACCUGAAGAAGUUGAUGGAGUUUGUGCAGCAGAGGAACACUGACAAGGUCUCGCGCUUUUUGGAGAAGGGUUUGGAUCCCAACUUCCACGAUCCUGACACAGGAGAAUGCCCUCUGACCCUGGCUGCACAGCUGGAAGGAUGUGCCGAAGUCAUCAAGGCCCUGAAGAGUGGAGGAGCACAUCUGGACUUCAGGACCAAAGAUGGCAUCACAGCUCUGCACAAGGCGGUGCGGAGCAAGAACCACAUGGCCCUCAUUACGCUGUUGGACUUGGGCGCGUCUCCCGACUACAAGGACAGUCGGGGGCUGACUCCUCUCUACCACAGCUCCAUGGUGGGGGGGGACCCUUACUGCUGCGAGCUGCUGCUGCACGACCACGCGCAGGUGGGCUGUGUGGACGAGAACGGCUGGCAGGAGAUCCACCAGGCAUGUCGAUACGGUCAUGUGCAGCACCUGGAACAUCUGCUCUUCUACGGGGCUGAAAUGAGCGCCCAGAAUGCUUCUGGGAACACGGCCCUGCACGUGUGCGCACUCUACAACCAGGACAGCUGUGCUCGGGUUCUCCUCUUCCGGGGCGCCGACAAAGAUAUCAGGAACUACAACAGCCAGACUGCCUUCCAGGUGGCCAUCAUAGCAGGAAACUUUGACCUGGCUGAAAUCAUCAAAGUCCACAAAGCGUCAGAUGUCGGUGACUCUCAGUCCUGCUGGUGUGUCCUGCCAGUGCCUUUCAGGGAGACACCUUCCUACACCAACCGUCGACGCGUGACGCCCGGCGCCUUGCCCUCGCCCCGCUCCCUGCUGCGCUCGGCCAGCGACAACAACCUGAACGGCGACAAGGACCACAUCCAGCGCCAUCAGGUCCACAGAGAGUCCCGGGGCCGCCAGGGUCACUCGCCGGUCCCCUCGCUGCGCAGUCUGCCGGCUCUUGGACAACAACAUGGCAGCCUGGGAGAGAGUCGCCACGCAGACUUCCCUGACAGCAGCCUGCAGAGCACCACCAGCUCCAGGUCCUCCCAGUCCCGCUCACCUUCCUUGCAUCACUGGCAGGACCAGGACAGGCCCGUGCCCAGGAGGUCCCACAGCCACGGGCACGGUCCCCACGGAAGACUCAGCCCCGGGUCCGUGCAGCGGGACCCCAGCCCGCCUCAUCACACCCCGCCGGCGCUGAUGGGCACACGCGGGCCCAAGCGGAAACUCUACAGUGCCGUCCCGGGUCGCACCUUCAUCGUGGUCAAGCCUUACACCCCGCAGGGGGAGGGGGAGAUCCAGCUCAAUCGCGGCGAGAGGGUGAAAGACUUUGACUGUAAUGACGUGGAAGUGCUGAGCAUAGGAGAAGGAGGCUUCUGGGAAGGCAGCGUCAAAGGCAGGACGGGAUGGUUUCCUGCUGACUGUGUGGAAGAAGUUCAGAUGAGGCAGUUUGACCCCCGGCUCGAGACGCGAGAGGACCGCACCAAGCGACUGUUCAGACACUACACCGUGGGUUCCUAUGACAACUUCACCUCUUACAGUGACUACAUCAUUGAGGAGAAGAAUGCAGUCUUGCAGAAGAAAGAAAACGAGGGCUUCGGUUUUGUCCUGCGAGGAGCAAAAGCUGAGACGCCCAUUGAAGAGUUCACGCCCACCCCCGCCUUCCCCGCCCUGCAGUACCUGGAGUCAGUGGACGUGGAAGGUGUGGCAUGGAGGGCCAGCUUGAGGACGGGAGACUUUCUCAUCGAAGUCAAUGGGGUCCAGGUGGUGAAGGUGGGCCACAAACAGGUGGUGUCUUUAAUCCGACAAGGAGGCAACCAGCUGCUGAUGAAGGUCGUGUCCGUCAUGCGGAAACCAGAGUCAGAGGAAGUUGUCCGCAAAAAAGCUCCGCCCCCUCCCAAGAGAGCCCCCAGCACCACCCUCACACUGCGCUCCAAGUCCAUGACCGCCGAGCUGGAAGAACUGGCUUCUGCUCGGAGGAGAAGAGGCGAGAGACUGGACGAGAUGUUGGCAUCCCAGGAGUCCACGCUGCGUUCGCAACCCUCAGAAACGGACUACAGAGCAGCCACGGUCAAACAGCGGCCCACCAGCAGGAGAAUCACGCCAGCAGAGAUCAGCUCACUGUUUGAGCGACAAGGGAUGACGCUGCACGGAGGUCUUCACCCGGCCAUGGAGAGAGGACACAUACCCUUAUCCAGGGGCAUGUCCAGGACCAAGUCAUUUGGUGCCACUGAGGAGGAUCGUCUAGCCGCCCUGGCAGGUGAGCAUCGCUUUCCGCGCAGUUCCUCCAUGACCGACAGCCUGCGAGAACUCCCGCAGCUUCAUCCCAUCCCUCCGCCUCCACAAAUAGCACCGCCUCCACCUCCGUAUUACUUGGACACAGGACCGCCGCCGGCCUUCUGCCCGCCGCCUCCCCCAUCUAGGACCCAGAGUCAGGGCCACGAACCAGGAGGACGCUCCAGCUUUAAGCCUUCCUCCUUGGACCUGCCCUAUGAGGCGGCACAACGGCAGGCCACGCAGAUAGAGAGGCAGAAAAAAGCCCGCUCCAUGAUCAUCCUUCAAGACUCUUCACAUUUACCCGUGGAACCCACAGAAAUCCCCCGUCCCUCUGCUGCUCCUCCACCAGAGCGGAUAAAACGGAAGGGACGGGUCAUUGACAACCCCUAUGCCAAUGUGGGCCAGUUUAGCAUUGGACUGUACACACCUACCAAGCCUCAGCGGAAGAAAAGCCCCCUGGUGAAGCAGCUACAGGUGGAGGAUGCACAAGAAAAAGCAAGUAUGGCCUUAGCCCACUCCCGAGAAAGCUCACCCUCAGGACGACACCCACGCACCAGCCGUGCAGACUACUACCAGCAGCAGCUAAUGGCCGAGCGUUUGCGGGCCCAAGGAGAAGCCAUGUUUCAGGGUAAGGGCCCGUUCGCCGCUGCAAUCGCUGGGGCAGUGAAAGACCGUGAGCGACGCCUGGAGGAGCGACGGAAAUCCACUGUCUUCCUUUCCGUGGGAACAAUGGAGGGUGCGUCCUCAGAGGUCCCCUCUCUUACGCAGUCUCACUCUAUAGAUGAGCGUAUACUCACCCGGGAGCUUGGCCAGUUGCCACCUCCUGCCUUGGCCUUGAGCCCCUCACCCAGCGGGACCACCUUUAUCCAUCCACUCACAGGAAAGCCCCUGGAUCCCAACUCCCCUUUGGCUCUCGCGCUGGCCGCCAGAGAAAGGGCGCUGACCUCCCAGAGCCAGUCUCCAACGAGCAGCCCUGAACCACGAACUAAACAGGAGCGGGUGGGCCCGGGUGUAAUGUUCAUUGACACUCAGACCAAAGAGUCUCCACUUGGAGAAGGUCCACCCACAUCUCCUUCUUUUACAUCCCAAGGCUCCAAGGCUCCAAUAUCAGUAUUAGUCCCUCAGCCCACCAAACCACAGUGGGCCGCAUCACCAUCAAGUCUGUCAUUCCACCAGGAGAUGGAGACCCGGAUCGAAGACAGGAAGGAGGACAUGCUUGAGGAGAAAAAAAGCAUGUUGAUCAGUAUUAUGGACACGUCCCAGCAGAAGACGGCAGGGCUAAUUAUGGUACACGCUACCAGCAAUGGCCAAGCUGGUCAAGAACUACAACAGACACCUUCCCCGUCAUCCAAAGAACUAAGCAAAUCUCAAUUAAGUCCAAGGACUAAGUCCCCAAGUCCCACAGUCCCUGUGCCCCAGCCUCAGAGUCCACAUGCUGCCAGCUUUGCUCAAGACAAGGGUCUGGUUCAGGGAAGCUCGGAGGAGGACAUGGAUCCAUAUACGGUGACGUUGCCCCCCGCCAUGUUGUCCUCCAGUGACGAGGAGACACGAGAGGAGCUGCGUAAGAUUGCUUUUGUUCCACCGCCUAAUGAGUUCUCGAACGGACUGCUUGCACAGACCAAGGGUAUUCCACCGUCCCCAAGCAAACCUACGGCACCUUCCCCCACCACCCCUCCAACACCUACACCCAAGACACCUUUAACUCCAACCACCCAGCCUCAGCCCCGCCAUCUCCCACCACCACCCAGCACAGCAGCUGUCUCAGGGAAACCCUCGAACCCUCUCGAGCCCCCGCCUGUGUGUGAGUCUGGCUCCGCAGCCGAUUCAGGCGUGGAGGAGGCAGACACGCGCAGCUCCAGCGAUCGAGAACGAGACCACCACCUUGAGACCACCAGCACUGUCUCCACAGUUUCCAGCAUGUCCACGCUGUCCUCAGAAAGCGGCGAACCUGCCGACACACACACCACACACACUUCCUAUGCCGACGGGCAGACUUUUGUGCUCGACAAACCGCCAGUGCCUCCCAAGCCCCGACUUAAGUCCCACAUAGGAGGCAGUAAAGGUCCUGUCACCUUCAGGGACCCUCUGCUGAAGCAGAGUUCUGACAGCGAGCUGCUGUCACAGCAACAGGCCGCCGCACUGGCUGCGGCGGUGGCCGGAGGAGGCGGGCUGCCCCCAGGCGGUUCGGCCUCAGUGACUGGACUCGCUCCCACCAAGCCGCGCUACCUCUUCCAGCGGCGAUCCAAGCUGUGGGGGGACCCGAUGGAGCCUCGCGGGCCAGGGGUGGGGCUGGGUAUUGGGAGUUUGGGAAACCUAGGUGGGCUGGGACUGGGGCUGGGUGCUGAUGAGGGAGCAAAACCCUUCGUGAUGGGGGAGCUCAGUUCUCGAUUGCAGCAGCUGAACAAAGACACAAGGUCCCUGGGAGAGGAGCCCCUGGGAGCAUCGCUAGACCCUGGGAGGAAGUCUCCUGUAGCAGGUGCCAGACUUUUCAGCAGCCUAGGCGAACUCCACACCAUUUCUCAGAGGAGUUACGGCACCACCUUCAGCAUCCGCCCUGGCAGCCGUUACCCUGUGACACGACGCAGCCCCAGCCCGGGCUCACCCGACCGGGGGGACCCUCUGGGACGCUACUCGGGCUACGGCCUUCAGCCUUCGCCGACCACACCCCCGCAAACCAUCCUCAAAUCCUCCAGCCUCAGUCUACCCCAGGAACCCAAGGAGGUCCGCUUUGUGAUGAGGAGCUCCAGCGCCCGAUCCCGCUCUCGUUCGCCGUCGCCUUCCCACUCCCCGGGUCUGGGCUCCCCCCUGCUGGCGCUCAGACCUUUCCACCAGAAGCCGCUCCACCUGUGGAACAAGUACGAUGUGGGGGACUGGUUGGAGAGCAUCAACCUCAGCGAGCACAGGGUGGGCUUCCAGGAACACGAGAUCGAGGGCUCCCACCUGCCGGCGCUGACCAAGGACGACUUCACCGAGCUGGGCGUGACACGAGUGGGCCACCGCAUGAACAUUGAACGAGCGCUAAAGCAGCUGCUGGAGAGCUGACCCCCGCCCCCAGCUCCAGUUGGGGAACAGAAGAACAGUACGCGAUAUCGGCCCUCCUCUCUACCUCCCACGAGGCCUCCACGAAAGAAAGAAGCCUUUAUCGCUUCGAGUAAAGGAAGAGUUUUCAGUCCAAUCAGAAAAAAAGCUCAGUUGCCUUUCAACAACGUUUCUACAGAGAUCAACAACCACCACCACGACGUGUCUCCUCGAUAUCUGCUGUGGUUUUCAAAGCCCAGGACUUGGGAGCCCAGGGGGGGUGGCACAGGAGAAGCCCCGCCCCUUCGCCUUGAUACCCAGACUGUGCUCUCUUCUAUUUGGAGAAUGUUUAACCAACACUUGUGGCUUUUGUUCCAUAAUCAACUAUUUUGCUUUUCCAAAGGGAAUAUGAUAAGAUGUAUUUAAUAAUAGCUUUGUGCAAAAAAAGGAAUCUGCACCUGUUCUUAGUUUUUAGUAUAGCGAAAUAAUAGUUGACCCAUUUCUACCAGUGAUAUAUAUAUAUAUAUAUUUGAAAGAAAAAUAUGAAGAUGAUUUUGUCAUACACUUGUGUUCAACUGUAGCAUUUUGUCUGACCAUCUUCCUUCAAACAAAAAGGGCAUACCCAAAUGUGUCUAGUCCCAAUAAUGUGAUUGGCUCUCAACUUCAUCCUCUCCUUUGAAACACUAGCCUUCCCAUAGUUACUUUAGCAUCCACACUCAAUUCAACAUGGAAGUAAAACUAUCAAAACAAAAAGUUAGUACCUCGGUUUGCGAUAGUAAUCUCUUCCAAAAUGAUGAAACUGUUCCAGACACCAGUAACUAGUUGACGUACAUACAGAAUGAUCAAGGAAUAUUUCAUUCAAUACUCUCAAUAGUAACAAGGUAAAAGUGAUCCAUGUUUUAAAAAAAAAGAACAAUUCUGAAGAGUGAGAUCAAAUACGGUAAAUGUUCUUUUCCCUGUUUACCAUUUGAUCAACUAACCAGAGUAGUGCAUUUCAUAUUGCUUUCUGCACAGCUAAGACUUUGAACAAAAACACAAUACUUUCUAACUCUGGUCAAAUUUAGUCACUUUUUUACUCCAGCAGAUGAUAAAACACUAACAAAGUGUCGAUACAAGCAGUGAGUGUGCCACAAGCUCACUGAUGUGAAGUGAAGUGAAUUAUAUUUAUAUAGCGCUUUUACACAGUGAAACCCAAUAUGUAAUUUUUACAUUUAAACCGAUGUGGGUGACACUGGGAGCAGGUGGGUAAAGUGUCUUGCCCAAGGACACAACAGCAGUGACUAGGGGAUUGAACCUGCAACCCUCAAGUUGCUGGCACGGCCGGCUCUACCAACCGAGCUAUACCGCCAAUACUGAUGCAUCAUUGUUGGCAAAGGUAGAGCUAUGCUGAUGUUUGUACUCUUUUAGUUUAAUACUGUUUUUCACCUUCUUUAUCAGAUAUCUGUGUUGGCCCUGUGAUGAGGUGGCGACUUGUCCAGGGUGUACCCCGCCUUCCGCCCGAUUGUAGCUGAGAUAGGCGCCAGCGCCCCCCGCGACCCCGAAAGGGAAUAAGCGGUAGAAAAUGGAUGGAUGGACCUUCUUUAUCAAAGUGUUGGCACUAUUCUGUAGAAAAAGAAAAGGUGCAGACACACGUGGGAUUCAAAAAGACUACUUUGUUGCUUGCAAUGUACCAAAACUGGGACGAAGAAAACAAUCUUAUAAAAUUUGGGGCGUACGAAAACCGAGGUACUACUGUAAUUAAUAUUGGUUUUGUAAAAUUGCUCACUUUUUACCUCGGAAUAUUUUUUUUCUGUCUAGUUCUAAUAGUCUUUCGUUAAAGUCAAAUAGAAUAUUUCUAAUGGCGAAGUAAGAACCUCAUUGAUUCAAACUUAUGUCAAAUACUGUAGUCCAACAAAUCAUUAUUGUGCUUACAUUUAAUCUGGUUCACUUUUAACAUAAUCAGGUAUGAAUAAUAUCUGACAUAUUAAUAAUAAAUAGAGAGGCCAAUAAGGUCAAAGAGCCAAAAGCCCAAGGCUGUAAAGUAAUGAUGAAGUUCAUCUUUAGGAUCUCUAAGAAGUCAGCCCUGGUGUUUGUUGGUGGACUUUUGAAGUUUUCUUGCCUGAAGAAAGGGAACAUGUCCGAUAUGGCGAUGGAGAGUGUCUCAUUGACUUAACCCCUAAACUGUGAAGACCAGGCAUGGGUACAAUCAUGACAACAUAUUGGCACAACACCACUAAAAACAGGCCGGUUGGAAGAAUAGUACUCACUGUGACCUCUUUUGUUCCACUCUUUUGUUUUCCUAACGUCUUUCUUGCUCCUUUUGACACUGUGGGUAGAUUUUUGUAGCGUGUGAAACAUGACAAAAAAAGAAGUGUCCUGUCCAUUCUAAACAUGUAAAUAUAUUUGCUAUUUUGAAUCACAAGCAAUGUACAUACGAUAGAUUUCCUAUACAUUUUUGGAAAACAACUAUAUAUAGAUCUAUAUAUAUAUAUAUAUAUAAUAUGAAUGUUUGGCAUACAGUAUAUGCAUAGUUAACCACCUGUGGAAAAAGGUGAGCAGAUUUUAUUCUUUUUAUGACCUUUUCAACUAUGAACUCUACUACAACUAUAGGGGAUGAUUUGCACAAAACAAAGUGACAAGGUGCUAACAUAGACAUCGUCCGAGUGCAUGCGUGCAUCUGGAUCCCCCAAAGAGUGUGUGUGCCUCCUUUUGUGUAAUGUUGGAUGAAGGCAGACAAGGACAGUGCUUGCUAGUUUACAUCAAUGUAUAUAUUUGGUCCACGAUAGCCUUACUGUACAUCAGAUUCCCACUAGUGGCUGUGACACACACACACACACACCAUUUAGUUAUUAUGAGCGGAUUGAUUGCAAAAGACUUAGUUUACACUGUGGACACAUAGUAUCAGGACGUGAGAAUGGAAGCAAAUAUGGACUCAUGCAUUGCAUUUAGAGCAGCAGAUCCAGCAUUUGUCUGCCUGUGCCUUUCACACAGAAACCCCUGCCAUGUGGAAUAUUGCAACACUUAGGGGGCGCUUUCACACACAAUCAUGGAAAUAUAGGCCGGAACAGCGACCCGCAGAGUAAGUGUAAAAGGAGUUGACCAAACGGAGUAUCUGGCAUACAGUAUAAACCAGGGGUAGGGAACCUAUGGCUCUAGAGCCAGAUGUGGCUCUUUUGAUGACUGCAUCUGGCUCUCGGAUAAAUCUGAGCUGACAUUGCUUAACACGAUAAGUAAUGAAUAAUUCCACUUGUAAUCACAGUGUUAAAAAUAAAGUUCAAAAUAUAAAACAUUCUCAUGCUUUUUAAUGUUCAAGAAGUUGCGUUAAUGGUAAGUAGUAAUUUAUUUAUUAUUGGUUAGUGUGGGGCUUGCCCUCCUGGGAGUUCUUCAGACCACCAAGCACCAACAUGAGAGCCUGUUUCAGGGUUACAUUAUUGUUUUAUGUUUCAAUAAGUCUCUCAGUUGCUUUCCAGCAAUUGUCUUUUUCUCUCUCGCUCGCGCUCUGGCUAUAAUUCACCCCGUCUCUCCUCCUAGGCUGCUGCUUAUAACAGAGCGACAGGUGAUUAGAUAACAAGGCCCAGGUGGGCCAUCUACGCACCUGUCGCUGAUUUCGAGGCCGGUCCUGGGACACCCAAGUUUACUGCAGGCCCACAGGCCACGCCCCCACCACAGUUAGCGUCAGAAUAACAAUGUUAUUACAAAGAAUAAGAGACCUAUUCUAAUCUAGAAAUGUUGGUCUUACUUAAAAAUGCAGGCGUUUACUUGUGUUCAGUGUUAUAAAAAUAUUAUAUGGCUCUUACGGAAAUACAUUUUUAAAUAUUUGGCUUUCAUGGCUCUCUCAGCCAAAAAGGUUCCCGACCCCUGGUAUAAACAGUACAGGCCAAAAGUUUGGACACACCUUCUCCUCAUUCAAUGUGUUUUCUUUAUUUUUACAACUAUUUACAUUGUAGAUUGUCACUGAAGGCAUCAAAACUAUGACACGUAAAGUGAAAACCCUUUCAGGUGACUAACUCCUGAAGCAAACGGAGAGAAUGCCAAGAGUGUGUAAAGCAGUAAUCAGAGCAAAGGGUGGCGAUUUUGAAGAAACUACAACAUCAAACAUGUUUUCACCUUUUUUGUUAAGUACAUAACUCCGCAUGUGUUCAUUCAAAGUUUUGAUGGGACAAGCUACAAUGGAAAUAGUCAUGAAAAUUAACAAAAAUAAAAGAGGAGAAGGUGUGUCCAAACUUUUGGCCUGUACUCUAUGUUCUACAGAAGGGUUGAGGUCAGGGUUCUCACGUUCAAGAUGUUGUUGUGUGGGAUUUCUAGUUGUUCCCAUUGCAAGAAAUGUGGAAAGCCACACAUUAAGAUCCGCUUUCACACCUCCUCUAGUUUUCCACGUCACUGUGAACUACGGUGAAAAGGUCAACCUGGCAAUUUUUCAAACAUAUUCCAUUGAACACCCUGUUGUGUUGAAAGCAAUUGUGGAAGUCUGACAAGUAUGUGUGAAAGCACACACAUAAGUUGAUCAAGAAAAAAAAGGUGCAGGUGAAUAGAUGCCAGGCUCUAUUUUGUGGUUUCGAGCUUCACUGCGUAGUCCCCUGUGUCUUGUCUUUUUUCCUCCAAUUUGAAUAGGGACGAGGACAAAAGGAAACCGUGCCAAAAAACUUUGAACUGUAUAUUUGUCUUUAGGACUAUCUUAGUUGCAGCAUUUUGAGCCGUUUCAGACUCAAUAAUAUGGUGCCAUCUCCUGAAAACCUUGAGAACUGCAGACAUUGAAUAGCUUGCUCACUCUUUUCUUAGCAGACGUCACUAUUCUCACAUGUACGUGAAUAUAUACACAAGCUUUACAUUUGCUUGGAAUUCAUCUUUUGAGAAUGACAUUGGCGUUAUUUGCAGUUUAUGUGAAACUUUUAGAGGUUUGGGUUACCGACAAGAUUGUUUCUUACCAUAAACAAUGGUGACCUGAUGCAUCAUUUGGGCUAAUCAGUUCAGUCAAGGCUUGUUUUCUGAUCAAAGCACAAUCCACAUAGUGAAAGAGGGGGGUGUAUAAAACAUCCACUGAUCUUAUCAUGUAAGGGUUCUUAUUAAUAUUAUUAUUAAGGUUUUUUUGUGCCCCCUCUCCUUGUUUGCACUGUGAAGUUUGGAGUAUCGCUGCAAGGUCUCAGCCUUGUCUUGCUGCCCAUCAUUAAGCUACAACACAAAUGAACUUGGAGGAUGCUACAAGUCUGAGAUGUUGUUGGCGAUACGUUUGUUUUAUUAUGUAACACAUUUAUAAUUAAAACAUGAACUGCUAA